AUGGAUGAUAGAUACAUGUAUAGCGGGACGAUCAAUCUUAGCCGUCAGAAAAAUCACGACAUCUUGGAUUUGCUCAUAGCCUCCGAUGAACUGUUGCUGUCAGAAUUAUUCGAUCACAUCCAAAAUUACCUUCUGCACACAAAAUUCGAAUGGGUUAAGCGUAACGUGGUAAAAGUGCAUCGAACCAUCUAUCCACACGAAGGGUGCAAAAAAUUGCAAGACUUUUGUUUGGAUACCAUAUGCAAAAGUCCCAUGUUGGUAUUUGGAUCAAAGAAUUUUUUGGAAUUUGAGGAAGCAUUGUUGCUGCCAUUGUUGGGUAGACAUGAUCUGCAGACCGAAGAAAUUGACAUUUGGGAUCACCUGAUUCGAUGGGGUUUGGCUCAAAUGUCUGAAUUGAAUUCCUCCAUCUCUUCAUUCUCCACCUCGUCUUCAUCCACCUCAUCAUCAUUCGUUUCGAUCGAUGCGUCAACAUUUUCCGAGGAUAACUCUCCUGCCAUCGACACCAAUGGGGUGGACGCAAAUAACGUCGAUCUAUCUAACUGGAGUAAUGAAGAUUUUAUGGAACUCGAAAGAAUAUUACACAAUUGUAUUCCAUUGAUUAGAUUCUUUCAAAUUUCCUCGAGCGAUUUCUAUGACAAAGUUUGGCCAUUUCAGAAGAUUCUUCCGGACGAUCUCAGGGAGGAUGUCCUCCAAUAUCACCUCAAGCGUCACAUCAUGCUUUCCUCCAACUUGUCCUAUCACGCUGUCACUCACCCAAACUCCUCUUCACAGUCUCUCGACUAUUCGAUCUCAUCACCGCAGUCUCUGUUAAACAUCUCUCGAUAUUUCCAACCACCUAGGACAAUUCCCUUUGACUCCACCUUAUUAAGAACCGAACAUGUUGCUCUCUUGUGCGAUUGGAUUGAUCGUAAAGACGGAAAACCAUACACUUUUGAUGAAAUUCCUUAUAAAUUGAAGUUAUUGGUGCGCGGAAGCCGUGAUGGAUUUGAGGCCGAAACCUUCCACGAGAAAUGCGACAAACAAGGCGCAACAAUUACAGUGAUGCAAAUAGCGUGUAGCGGUGAAUUGAUCGGUGGAUAUAAUCCCAUCGAAUGGACCACCGGUGACUUUCGGAUUAAUACACAGAAUAGUUUCCUGUUCUCAUUCCCCAAAUCAACCAUCAAUUCUAACAAUAAUAAUAGUGGAAUCGGAAUGAGCGAUAUCAAACCGAUCGGCAGCAAUUCUGGAUAUUCAAGCGAAAAUGAGAAUAGAGUGAAUGGAAAUGACGAUAAUACUAGGAAUAGCAAUGGCGGACAAAGUAACGAGAGACGAUUGAAUGGCAAAUUAAGCCGUGUUAGACGUCCCGGAUACGCAAUAAGAAUUAAGGAUAAGACAUAUGGGCCGUGUUUUGGAGACAAAGGAUUGUGGAUGAAGACUAACUUUAACGCUUACGACAGCUGCAGUAGUGACAAAGAUGAUUACAGCGAGAGAGUGACGACGUUGAAUAAGUUUUGGGUGAUGGAAUACGAGGUGUUUCAGGUGGUUAAAAAGUAA